UCCAAAUCCCCAAAAGGAUUAUUAUUUUAAUAAUUGAGACGUGCUUAUCUCCGGACUUGCCUCCUUACCGAACAUUUUAAGAAGUGGGAAAAUAGGCAUGAUAUUCUUAUCAGCACACUGACGUCCGUAAUCGCUGCUCGUGGCUUGAUUGAAUAUUCUCACACGAUGCUAAGCGAUAUUGCUCCGCCAAAUAAUUCGUGCCUCAGUUCUGUCGUCGAUCGCAGCCGGAAAACACGAGAGACAUGGCAUUCUGUCUUCGGAGUCAUACUGGGCUGAUCAUCAGGAAAAUUCUCUCACAAAAAUGCGGCAAACCCAUUGAUUUUAGCAGAAUCCAGCAUCUACGGGCUAUCUCCACGAGUGUCCAACUCAACAAAGUCGUUUCGUUCAAUCUGUCGGACAUUGGAGAGGGAAUCCGAGAAGUUAGCGUGAAAGAAUGGUUCGUCAAGGUGGGCGAUACCGUGGAGCAAUUUGACAAUCUCUGCGAAGUCCAGAGCGAUAAGGCCUCAGUCACGAUCACGAGUCGCUUCGAUGGGAAGAUCGUGAAGAUUUACCACAAAAUCGACGACAUUGCUCUCGUAGGGAAACCUUUGGUGGACAUUGAUGUGCCCGAAGAUGGGGAGGAGCCAAAGGAGAAAGAUCCCGAAAAGCACAGUGACAGCAGUUCGGACGAAGAGGACACAAAGUCACCCUGUCCAGGAGCUACACCCACCGAUGAGGCCAGGAAGAAAGUCAUCACGACGCCGGCUGUACGUCGCCUGGCUAUGGAGAAUAAAUUGGAUUUGACCAAAGUUAAGCCAACUGGGAAAUUCGGGAGAAUCCUCAAGGGUGACGUCCUUGAGCAUCUCAAUCUCAUCCCAGCGGGUACAGUUAAGCCCCAUCCGACUCUUCUGCAACCCAAAGCGCCAGAGGUUCCAACGUAUAUCCCCAAAAUUCUCGCUGAAGAUCGCGUGGAGCAGCUCAAAGGUGUACGAAAGGCAAUGCUGAAAUCUAUGACAGAGGCCUUGAAAAUCCCACAUUUUGCGUACAGCGACGAGAUCAACAUGUCCAAACUGAUGAAUGUGCGAGAAGAAUUGAAGGCUGAUGCAUUGCAAAGGGGAGUUAAGCUCACCUACAUGCCCUUCUGCAUUAAAGCUGCCUCAAAGGCUCUCACGGCAUACCCCAUUCUCAACAGUAGCUUGGACGAGGCGAAUGAGAGUGUGAUCUACAAGGCAGCUCACAAUAUCAGUGUCGCCAUGGACACACCCCAGGGGUUGGUGGUGCCGAAUGUGAAGCAUUGCGAACAGAAGGGUAUCCUGGACAUUGCCAGGUCACUCAAUGAGCUCCAGGAAAGGGGUCAGAAAGGCAGUUUGCGCCCUGAAGACUUUGCCGAUGGAACUUUUUCGCUCUCGAACAUUGGAAUUAUCGGCGGAACCUACACCCAUCCGUGCAUUAUGAGCCCCCAAGUAGCCAUUGGGGCUAUGGGGAGAACAAAGAUCGUCCCGCGCUUUGGGCCAAAUGAUGAAAUUGUCAAAGCGCACGUGAUGAGUGUAAGCUGGUCAGCGGAUCAUCGUGUAAUUGACGGUGUCACCAUGGCGAGUUUCUCGAAUCUAUGGAAGAAGUACCUUGAGAAUCCCAAUCUCUUCCUGCUCGAUUGAGCAAAGAGGCCAAAAAAUAUGGAAACGAUUGCAUUUAUUUUUACUACAAAAAAAAUUCGCGAGAAACGUGCAUUGAGGCGGAGAUUGCUGCAGGACUCGGAAUGCAUUUAAAAAGAAAAUUCUUCCUUUUUUUUAUUAGUUAGCUUCUCCGUAGGUGAAGAAUAAAAAAAAUUGUCAAAAAGCGCUCUUGUGAGACUUGUUAUCCUUUUUUUUUGUUUUAUUUGUUGUCACUUGAAGGGUUUUUCCUUCAUGGCUGUUAGAAAAGAAAUUGAAGAUAAAAUAAAAAAUGAAUUACCCGAA